AUGGCCACGCCCAAAUUUCCAACAUUUCCGCCGCCGGGCUUCCGCGGCACGGUGCUCCGCGCCGGCGACGCUGGCUACGACGACGCGCGGCGGCUUCCCAACGCGCGCGUGGGCGGCCGCCCUGCUCUCAUCGCGCGCUGCACCACAGAAGACGACGUCGUGCUGGCCGUCCGGUUCUGCUCCGCGCACGGGGAACCAAUGGCUGUUCGCGGCGGCGGCCACUCCCUCGACGGCCACGCCAUGCCCGACGGCGCGUUUGUCAUUGACCUCUCGCUCAUGAACGGCGUCGAGGUCGACCCGCACACGCGCCGGGCCACGGUCGAGGCUGGCGCGCUCAUCAGGGACAUGGACGCCGCCACGCAGCGGCACGGGCUGGCCGUGCCGUCGGGCACCGUCUCGCACACGGGCGUGGCGGGACUGACGCUGGGCGGGGGCUUGGGCUUCCUGGCACGGCUGCACGGCAUGGCGGUAGACAAUGUCAUCUCUGUGGAUGUCGUCACAGUCUACGGCCUGCAGCUGACGGCAUCCAAGACGAGAAACAGCGACCUGUUCUGGGGCAUCCGCGGUGCCGGCCACAACCUGGCCAUUGUCACCAGCUUCGUCUUCCAGGCCCAUCCCAUCGGCCCGGCCGUCAUGAACGGGCACAUCAUCUAUCCGAUCGAGGCGGCGCCGCAGAUCCUCAGCCAGCUGCACCUCGAUCUGCAAAACGCGCCGCGCGAGCUGGCGAUGUACCCCGUCCUGCUGCCCGCCCCCGAGUUUCCCGGCGUGCCGAAAGCGCUGGCGGGAACGCCCAUUCUGGUCUUCGUCACCGUGUACGUAGGCCGGCUAGAAAACUUCCAGGCCACCAUGGACGCGGUGCUGCCGUCGACAGCACCGCUGGCGAACGCGGUGCACGCGUCGACGUGGACAGCAGCCAACUCGAUGCUCGACGUGCUGACACCGCCAGGCCGUCGGCAGCACCACUGUGGCGGAUACCUCGCCGCGCUGACUCCUGAAAUCGUGGACAAGGCCGUUGCGCUCGUCCGCAGCGCGCCGACGAUGCCCACGGCAGGCAUCGCGAUCGCGUUCCCGUGUCUCGGCGGGGCCGCGGCCGACGCGGACGAGGAGUCGAUGGCGUACUCGCGCGCGAAUGCGUCUUGGCUGUACGAGAGCUACGCCUCGUACGCGGAUGAGGGCGAGGACGCCGUGUUCGGGGAGUGGGUAGAGCAGGGCAAGGAGCAGCUCGGCGCGUUCUCGCUCAGCAAUUCGUAUGUCAACCUGUCGAGCGACGACAGCCCGGGCUGGCUGGGCAAGGUGUACGGGGCGCAGGGGAAGUGGGAGAGGCUGUGCAGGCUCAAGACGGAGUACGACCCGGAGAACCGCCUUUGCUACAAUAAGAACAUUACCAGGGCGCGGUUAGCCCUCGCUAGAGGGUUCGCGGAGAUGACGCCUGCCUAG